GAUCCUCAGUUUUCUUUCGGUCGCCUCAGUGUUGAGACGUAAUUUACGCAUUUAUCAAUGGUUCCUUCAACGGGGAGCGCUUACUUCUGAAAUUAAUGGUGUAUAAUCGAUGGAACCAUGCUAGCGAAAAUCCGCGAAAUCAAUCAUAAAGGAGCGUUUGCAAAAGUGUUAAACAAAUAUUGAUUUGUAAAUUUCAAGUGAGCGAGGACCAUUUCUACUGUAGAGCGGUGGUAUAAACAAAAAAUCGAUAUUCUCGAUAUUCUUUCUAGUGGCGAAUCGCGGUGUGUGCAAAUCAUGCAAAAGGAAGCAAACAGGGAAUGAAUAUGGUUCUUGAAGUGGAGAAAAACUAAUCCUAGAAUACCCGGAAGAUUGAUUCCAUUGUAUUAGUUUGGGUGGGAUAGCUCCGGCUCCGGCUCAUUUUUGCUAUCAAGAAAGAAGAAAUUUCGUAAUAUAUAUGCGCGCUAUCUAGUGCUAGAAAGAAGCUGUAGCACUGUUUUUGGAUAUACGGCGAUGUCUACUUUAGCCAGUUUGCGAAAAAGGAGGACAACCACUAUGCCACUACUUACCGUCAACGCUAUCAUACAAGUGUUUGAAAUUUAAAUUGAUAGAAAUAGUCUGCAAUAGUGGUCUAAUUUGUAUUGUAUACACAGAUAAACGCAGCAACAAACGAAAUUGAGAUAAGCGAGUAGCUGGGAAAGUUAUAUUUAAUGUUAGCUCUAGUGGUCCCUAACCCACCGGGAGAUCUACCCUUUUGUCUAUGGCGCUGCUAGGAAAAUUGCUUCCAUAUUAUGAAUUCUAGCCAGCGUUCCAUCUAUCUUGGGAUAAAACGACGCAACAGUGUCAGCUAGAGGAAGUGAUUCAUUUUUCGAAAGAAAGUGGUCGUGUAGAAGUAUUUUAAAGUGUGUGAUUGGUAUAUCUACUUUCAUUUGUACGGUGUCAUAAUGCGUUCGUUUGAAUAUACUUGAAGUUAGUGUAUGAGAAUACAAGAAAAUGUAACAAAACCAACCAUCAAGGAAAAAAAUUGAUCCAGUUUUUCUAUCCAAAAUCCGUGGAGAGGAAAACAGGAAAUUAACUAAGAGUGAAAGAAAGAUAAUAAACACCUACGAGCAUAGUUACUCGGAUGUAACAAAAUACUAGUUAGUUGGCGCCGCAGAUCGCAGCCAAAUCUUCUCGAUAGAAAUAUCCAAAUGUUCAUACAUUUUUAUGGCGCUGUUAUUAUUUCGAUUCUGCCUUGUGUUCGCGAUAGGAUUACUUCUGCUCAAUGGAUUCGCAAUACUAUCAGCCUCUGCCUUCGUUAACCAGGCAGGGCCAGAUCGGUUACGGCUAACGGUGUCUCCACCGGCUCAGGUCGUAAUAACGGCAGCCAAAAAUUCACCAAUCUUUCUUCCAUGCCACGCCGAGGCCGACAUCGAUCCCAAUGAUUGGGCGAAUUCGGACGCGGACAUGGAUCUCGAUGAAGUUGACGAAGAGGACGACGAUGACGAGGAUGUUGAGUACGACAAUGGCCACCUCGGUGAGAAGGAAGAGGUGGACAUUAUGCAACACAGUGGCUAUUACGACGGAACGAUAGAUCUCGUCAAGCAUGACCAUUUUCAGACCGACACCAACGGUCACAAUGAUCUGGAGGAUGAGGACGACGAAGACGAGGCGUACGUGGAAGAGCACGGAGAACGUAUCAGCCGUACCAUACACAACCGCGGCGAAGAUCUGAUCGAAUACGUUUGGUAUCGCAACGGGCUGGAGUUCUUCAGUACGGCAUUUCAGAACCAAAAUUAUAAGCAAUCUCAUAAAGGGUUUCGCUUAUUUCGGAAUGGAACAUUGAAGAUUCCGUAUAACCGACAGAUGAGUAACAUCUCAGCCGGAGUGUAUCGAUGUCAGGCCAAUCUAUCCAGACCAGCUGUUGGGUCAAUCCUUUCCACAGAAAGUGUCGUUACAGUUGCAUACUUGGAACGUAAAAAUGAGCUCAUCGCUGAGGACAAUACAAUCUUGAGUGAAGUACAGCGAUCGCUGGUUCUGCAUUGUCCUUUCGAUAGCCAUCCGGUGGCCAACAUAACGUGGAUGGUCAACAAAACUCAGAUACUAUUCAACACCUACACUUCGAAACCUCAUGAAAUCAGAUAUUAUCAAUUACAAAAUGGAAGUUUGCUUUUAACGAAUCUGAACCUCAGCGAUUCUGGACGUUAUCGUUGUAAUGCUAGCAACAGUUUUGCUGCAAAAAAUUUCCGCAGCUACAGUUAUCUCGUCGUUGUACAGCCAAUGUCCCAGCAACCGAAUGAUCGGUUGUUGCCCGAGUUACAGCCAAACACGCAACUUGUGCGCUCAGCAUCUAUGCUUAAGCUCCACUGUGCAGGGAUCACCGGUCGACCUCGUUGGACUUUUACACCACGACAUAGCAGGAUUCCUAUAAAUUUGGAAAAUUUUACCUACCAACUAUUGUUCACCAAUGUAUCGACCGAUAAACACGAAGGAAUAUAUAACUGCUCUCUAGGUUCAGAUUUUCAACUAUUCAAUGUAACUGUCCUCGUACCACCAAUGUUCCUAAACAAUAUGACCUCAUUCACUUCGUCAGUGGUUGCAUCCAUGUCGUUCAACUGUAGUGUAAGCGGAAACCCCAAACCUAGAAUCUCAUGGUUGAAAAACGGGAAAGAGAUAAAAAACAGUCACAUCAUUCAUUAUAAGUACCCUGUCCUGCGCAUCAAUACGAUUGAUCCCGAAGACGAGGGUCUUUAUCAGUGCAUAGCGAAGAAUGAAGCCGGAGAAGCCAGUGUAUCGAUGUACCUUUCGAUUCGAGAUAAAAGCAGAUACAGAAGAUUAUCACGCAGACCUGACAGUAUUCAGUGCUAUGCGAUGGAUACGAACAGUUUGUAUGUGCGUUUCGAGCGCGGCAAACAAUAUCUGAACCCCCAAUAUGCUAUGUAUUAUCUUGCUUCGGAUGAUCCGUACAGCUGGCAUAGCUCCCCACCGAUGCAGCUGCUUACUAACAAUAGCCUUAAAAUCAGCGGUCCGAUGGUGACGCCCUUCCGCAAGUAUACCGUAUAUCUGCGGGCUUGCUUCGCUAUCAAUGCUCAAGACCCGGACAACCCUAAUGGACCGGCUGGGAAGGAAGAAGUUAUACCAUCAAAACUUUCCAGAGGAGUGCAGUGCAGUUCUCAAGGAGUUCCUGUAUUGUCGAUAUUUUUCUCCAGCGGAAUUUUCAUUUGGUGGCCACGGUUCAGUGGGGUUGAGUCAACUGCUUUCACCAUCCAGUUAAAGCAUAAUAGCAAUUCGUCGCUCCCUGUCCUGGGGCAUCAAAUCAAUGGAACCAACCACCUGCUAGAUGAUUACAUCACGUACAAAGAGGUGCUACCCAUGUUAGCGCCGAUUAACGUUAGCGUGAGUCAAAGUCGUGAAAACAUCAUUGACGAAUCUGAGGCGGGCAAACGACGUAAGAAACGUCGAAGGCGAGCGUUCAAUAUGGGAAGAAACACCAAACAAAUAUUUGAAUCUCUAACCGGUACCCAAAUGGACCUCGAAACGGCAGCUGCAAACUCGGGCAACAGUUUUGGAAACAAAAAGGUUCGUCAAAUUCUGAUAACGCAACUCAAAGUAAAUGCCAAUGUUACGGGAAUUUUUGUACCGGGUACUCAAAAAUUGGUAGUACGCAUUUUGGGUUCAACCUCAGAAAAUGGAGAACCACCACAACAGGAUCUUCGUUAUAUAGCUUGGAAAACGAUCGAUGCUACUAAUCGGGGUCCCGAUUCCGUCAGCCGAUUUCAAGCGAACCAUAUUGAUUCGAGAAGCGUUCAGUUCACGUGGGGAAGGCUCGUAACGGCUGAAUAUAGUAAUAUUUGUUUGAAUUUAUGCAUUAAAAACGUAAACCACGAUGCAUUCAAUCGACCCGGUGCCACCAAUGUCAAAUGUGUAAACAUUUCCAAAAGUGCCACUCACUACAAUUUGGCCGAACUUAAGCCGUUCACCUUGUAUAAGGCUUUCCUCAAAACGUGUUACUCAAAAGAAUCGAUCAGCGACGUAUUGGAGUUUCAAACCAAACACGAUGUACCUGGCCCCGUUACCAAUCACGCGCUCGUACGGAAAGAUGGCAUCACGCUUACUUGGGACCCACCGGAGAAUAAGAAUGGAAUACAGGGAUACCUGAUCGAAUGGGCCGACAAAGAUGGUUUCAAAAAUUCGAUCAACCUUACUACCGGUAUCAAUCAAUUCCAGUUUCCCAAUGUGUCGUCUGAAGAUAGAAUUAACAUCUCCAUCAAGGCCGUUGGUAGCACCGGAAUUGGUAUUCCUAUUUUCCUAAACCUCCUCAAUCAUGUUGAUAUAGCAUAUGAAAGUGAGCCAGAAGUGCACAUUCCAUGGCUGGAAAUUUCAAUUGGUUCAUUGAUAUCUACUGUUCUGUUACUAUUUUGCUGUUUAAUCAUAAUCCAUCGAAGAAAUUGUAAAAAAUCGCACCGUAAUCAACCGGCAGACGCAAACACGACUGCCCUUCAAAUGCACUCAAUAAACUGCAAUGCUGAUAUACAUGAAAUGCAAACAUUGAUUAGGACAUCUGGACAACUGCCAGUAUUAAUCCCAAAUGGAAAAUACAAUCACCCACAGGUGCACAAACAACAAGAGCACACACAUAUAUUCAAUCCGAUGGAAUGUAUUAGGAACACGACUGCUCCCUCGAAUUCCGAAAUACUCAACGCGAAAUCUCAUGGUCUGUCAUCCAGCAGAAAUGGAAAUGUUCAACAUUUGCACAACUCUUCCCAAAUGACUAUGACAUUACUUCCAACUCCACAACCGUCAGUACCCUCGAACAUUUUAGUUAGUCACAAUAGCCAGCCGAUGCACUCGUUCAAAAAGUUGAACAAUAGUGGCGACAACUCCGAAACGGAAUCACCAAGGACACCGAUCAGUAAUAGUAGUUUGUAUCGCAACUAUCCUAGCUAUAGCUGUUCACAUACAGAGCGAAACAACAACCAUUCAGAUUUUACGGGUGAAUCGCAACUACAUUCCACAAAUACUGGGAUAGUACAAAGUAUACCGACUACCGUUACUAUUUCUAAUGCCAAGUUUACUGUCUCAACUCCAGCAGAACAUGUGCCAAGUUCUGUCGUUACGUCGACAUCUCUUUCGCCUGCCUCAAUUUUUUCAGCCACAUCAGCUAACUCCAGUGGCUCAUCAUCGGUCAAUUCCCACCCGAUGCAUCAACAAGUGUACCACUCCAACAUUGUACCGGGACAUUCUCAAUCGCGCUGCAAUGGAAGUAAUCUUCCACUGACCAAUAAUAGCAGCAAACAAAUCUAUUCGGUAGACCCAAUUGAAAUGCGAAUUACAGAAAAUCCUCAGUACACGAAGAAAUCUCAGCGAAGAGCAGAAGAUUUAUCCUCGGCUGUGCUGAGCAAUUCUUUAUUCGAUAAUAGCCAACGUAGAUUAUUAGAUUUAACAAUAGAUAGUAACAAUAUUGAACCAUACGACGACGAUGACGACGACGUAACUAACUGUGAUCAAACCGAUGAAACGACGAAUACUUCUCUAUCUCAGAAGUCAUAUUUUAACAAGCAGCUGCAGGUGCAUCUGCAAUCAACUGCCAACGAGGAAACAGAGGGGGACAAAAACAACAACGAACAUCAGCUUGAGCAUCACUUUAGCGAUGAAUGUCUGCGACACCAUCAACAACAACAGUUGCUCAAUCCGUCGAUGAUUCCACCACGAUCCAGCCAUCACAACAUUGGCGGAAACAGAAGCAACAGCAGCGGAGACAGUAGUAAUUCGAACCGUAGUAGUAGCAGCCAGAACACGAUGUACGAAAAAACCAACCACGAACACGUGGGAGAGGAGGAAGACUACGAACAGAGCAGUGAGCACACCAUCGACGGCAACUCUUCGUCGCUGUUGAACGAAAGUAAUCUCAGUGCGAAAUCCCUAUACCAGCAGCACAGUUCCAAUUGGAACUUUCGACGACCUAUCGUAGGCCCUAACGGUUAGUUACGUGCGUUCCCAGUGUACAAAUAGCAUCAUUAUCAUCAUCAUCGUCAAUAUCACUUCUAUUGGCUCUCUUGAAAUCGAACGGUAUGGAAUAAAUAUUAUUAUAUUUUCGAUAUGUCAAAUUUGAUAAUUUGAGUAAACACUGUUGUUAACUAUGUAUUUCGUUCUAAUGUUGCAUAAAUACUAGAUAAGUUCAUAGAAGGACAUUCGGGUAAUAUGCAGCUGGUGCUCACUCAAAUUAUCUACAGUUCACAGCUUCGAAAUUAGUCCACUUGAUCAAGAGGAGUUCAAUAUUAAAAGAGCAACAACUUUUAAAACAUACAUAUUAUAUUCAAAAUUAGGUACAAUAUUUGUUACUCCCCAACAACGGUUUAGCGUGCAAUGCACGUUGAAUUUGUAUGGUUUUUUUUUUUUAAAUAUCAAGCAUGAGGCUAACUUUUAGUUAUGAAACUACCGUUUACAGUUACAUCUGACCCCUUUUCCAGUUAAAUGUAUUCCCGGAUAUUCUUUGUUUACCACUCAAAUCCCCUCUGCAAAAGAAAACAAAACUCCCAUUUACCUGUAUAUGUAUAGUCUAUACACGAUCAUAACGUAAACUUCACGUACCUAAAUGCAAUAGAGGUUAAUUUUGUAUGUAAGAAUGUUGCAGCGUUUAGUUUUUCUGAUCGUUUACUCAUAAAAUCAUUAUAAAACGGUUAAGAAAUCGUCCGCGCUGCUUAGCAGUGUGGUCUUUUCGAUUAAGAUUAAUGUAAAAACCGCACAACUGGUUGAAAGAAAUAUGUUGUAUAACGAUGGAAAGCCGAUUUAUAUAAAUUGAUAUAAAAUCACACAGAGCACAAGAGAGCAAAGAUAGGAUUCAUUAAAUAGGCGAAUAAGAGAUAUUUCAAUUUGGUACCUGAAACGAUCACUAGCGUGUAAGUAUGUCUUUGAGAAUAAAAGCACCACUACUUGAAACAAUA